AUGGCUGCCAGCGAGCAGGAGGUGCUCGCGUUGAAGGCUGAGCUUGCCCGACGCGAGGAGGAGCUGGACGCCCUGAAGCAGAGGCUGGCGGCCGCGCUCGCGGCGGAGCCGACACCCGAGCCGCAGCGGCCGAUGCCGCUGCCGCCGAUGCCGCCGCGGGCCGCCCUGUCUCGAGACGAGAUUCUGCGCUACAGCCGGCAGCUGGUGCUGCCCGAGCUGGGCGUGCGGGGGCAGCUGCGCUUGGCCGCCGCGUCCGUGCUGGUGGUGGGCUGCGGGGGGCUGGGCUGCCCGCUGGCGCAGUACCUGGCGGCGGCCGGCGUGGGCCGCAUCGGCCUGGUGGACUACGACGUGGUGGACAUGAGCAACCUGGCGCGCCAGGUGCUGCACGGCGAGGCGCUGGCCGGCCACUCCAAGGCCUUCUCGGCGGCCGCCUCGCUGCGCCGUCUCAACUCGGCGGUGCAGUGCGUGCCCUACGCGCAGGCGCUGACGCCGGCCACGGCGCUGGACCUGGUGCGCCGCUACGACGUGGUGGCCGACUGCUCGGACAACGCGCCCACGCGCUACCUGGUGAGCGACGCGUGCGUGUUGGCCGGCCGGCCGCUGGUGUCGGCCAGCGCCCUGCGCUUCGAGGGCCAGCUCACCGUCUACCACCACGACGGCGGGCCGUGCUACCGCUGCGUCUUCCCGCGGCCGCCGCCGGCCGACACGGUGACCACGUGCGCCGACGGCGGCGUGCUGGGCGCGGUGACCGGCGUGCUGGGCUGCCUGCAGGCGUUGGAGGUGCUCAAGAUCGCCGCGGGCCUGGGCCCCUCGUACAGCGGCAGCCUGCUGCUCUUCGACGCCCUGCGGGGCCGCUUCCGCUGCGUCCGGCUGCGGCCGCGGCGGCCCGAGUGUCCGGCGUGCGGCGAGCGGCCCAGCGUUACGGCCCUGCAGGACUACGAGGCCUUCUGCGGCUCAGCCGCCACGGACAAGUGCCGCGCGCUGCGGCUGCUCGGGCCGCACGAGCGCGUGUCCGCCGCGGACUACAAGCGCCUGCUGGACAGAGGCGCCCCGCACCUGCUGCUGGACGUGCGGCCGCAGGUGGAGGUGGACAUCUGCCGGCUGCCGCACGCCCUGCACGUGCCGCUCAAGCAGCUGGAACGCCGGGACGCGGCCAGCCUGCAGCGCUUGGCCGAAGCGAUCGCGGGCAGCCGGGACGACGCGCUGCCCGUCUACGUGAUCUGCAAGCUGGGCAACGACUCGCAGAAGGCCGUGAGGAUCCUGCAGGCCUUGACCGCCGACGGGCAGCUGGGGCCCUGCACCGUCCAGGACGUGGCGGGGGGCCUGAUGGCCUGGGCGGCCCAGGUGGACGAGAGCUUCCCGCAGUACUGA